CGACAAUCAUCACGACAGCGGACGACAGCCAUGGCCCCUACCACCAAGCAAGGCACCCGCCCCGCCGCCAAGGCCAAUGCUGCCGCUAAGGCAGUUGUGAAGGGCUCCUCCCUUCACAAGUCCCGCAAGGUCCGCACCUCGACCACCUUCCACCGCCCCAAGACCCUGCAGCUGUCGCGGUCCCCCAAGUACCCCCGCGUCUCCAUCCCCCGCGCUCCCCAGCUCGAUGCUCAGAAGAUUAUCCUGUACCCUCUGAACACCGAGAGCGCCAUGAAGAAGAUCGAGGAGAACAACACCCUUGUCUUCAUCGUUGAUGUCAAGUCCAACAAGCGCCAGAUCAAGGCUGCUCUGAAGAAGCUCUACGACGUUGACACCGUCAAGGUCAACACCCUGGUCCGCCCCGACGGCUCCAAGAAGGCCUUCGCUCGCUUGACCCCCGACGUUGAUGCUCUGGACAUCGCCGCCACCAAGCUGGCCAUCGUCUAAAAAGGGUAGGAAAUGGAUUUCUUUGGGUUUGGGCGAAAGUUGUUUUCCACCGCGGUGAUUCUCAAUACCAGCCAGU